AUGAAGCUAAUAGCUGGGAUAGUAUUCGUUUGUUUUUUCCUUCUAACCGACGCAGCGAGAGUACCAGACUAUUCCGAAAGCAGUAAUAGUGAUGUUGUGCUUGACGAUGUAAAAAACGUUUAUAGCAAUUCAGAGCAAAGUGUCAGACGACGAAAACGACAUUAUUCACCAUACUCGAGAAACUUUUGGGAACGUGAAAUGGACCGAAGCUACUACGAAUCCUACCAAGAUGAUAGAAUUGCAGAAUUAGAGAUAAGACUAAAAAUACAACAAGAGCAAAUUAAUGAACUUCUGUUUAGAAGAUAUGAACCCAAAGUUAUCGUCGUGCCCAUUUACUUACCCUCAAGUGGAAACAAAAACACUAGCGAUUCCUUGGGAAAUAAAUUUGGCCAAGAGGAUAACAUUGAAAAUGAAAGAAUUUGGGGUAGCAGUGAUGACCAAAAUGGGAUGCGUCCAAUUUCUCUGACACCUAUUAGACCUAGCCGGCCGAUGCCCAAGCAGCCACCAGUACAACACGGGACUAUUCAAGCAGAGACUAGUACCAAAGCACCUACUUUCAGCAUGGAUAUAUGCAAAACUGCUAUACUUAUAUGUUGUGACAGCAAUGGAGUCGACAGAAGAAAUUGUUUCAAGAAAUUCAAUUGUACCAAAACAUCCACUUCACCAUACGCCUGUGAUAAAAUUAUUUUGGAUGCAAUCAAAAACGAUUUUAUAGCUGCUUAUGCACCUGAUGUAGAGUAA